GUUUGUGCAACAGCCCCUGAGUGGCGGCUGGCUCUGUUGGAUCUCUUUUGCUUGACUACGGCUUCUGCACACAUUGUCAGCGUGCGGAGGGGGAAGUGGACAGCUUGAUCGAAACCAUCAAUGCACUGACAGAGAGAGUGUCUGUUUUCACAGACAGGAAGGGUGUAAAGGUUGGCACUUCAUGCCUGCAGGUUGGCCGGGUGGACUCUGGAAGUCUGUGCUGAAAAUUGGAGAAAACAAUUGAAGUAUGGCCAAGAUGGCCGAGCAGAAAGUCAGCCUCCCUGCUAAGCUGAUUAAUGGGGGCGUGGCUGGACUAGUGGGCGUGACCUGUGUAUUUCCCAUUGAUCUCGCUAAGACCCGCCUCCAGAAUCAGCAGGGUGCUCGAGUCUAUAGUGGAUUGCUGGACUGUUUGGCGAAGACUAUCAAAAUGGAGGGCUACUUUGGCAUGUAUCGAGGUGCGGCUGUAAAUCUUACCCUGGUCACUCCGGAGAAAGCCAUCAAACUGGCCGCCAAUGAUGUGUUUAGACAAAAGCUCUCCAAAGAUGGAAAAUUACCUCUAUGGGGAGAAAUCCUCGCGGGCUGUGGGGCAGGAACCUGUCAGGUGGUUAUCACCACCCCCAUGGAAAUGCUAAAAAUACAACUACAGGAUGCUGGAAGGUUGGCUGCUCAGCGGACUGUAGCUGCUUCGGCUCCUGCUGCUGGUCCAACCCCCUCACUGGUUGCCUCCCAGGCCGCCCAGACAGGCACCAGUGCCCCCUCUCGACGCUCAGCGACCCGUAUCACCUUGGAACUUCUAAAGACCCGAGGCCUAAGGGGUUUAUAUAAAGGCACAGGAGCUACUUUGAUGAGGGACGUUCCCUUCUCAAUGCUCUAUUUCCCACUGUUCGCCAACCUCAACACAGUGGGCCGGAGAGAGGAUCACCAUAGCAACCCCCAGGCGCGGGCCCCAUUCCUGCAGUCCUUCGUUUCGGGCUGCAUGGCUGGCUCUGUGGCCGCAGUAGCUGUCACUCCUAUGGACGUUAUAAAGACACGUCUACAGACCAUACAGAAAGGAGAAGGGGAGGACUCGUACAGAGGCACCAUUGACUGCAUACAACGCAUUUUGAAACGAGAGGGACCAGCCGCGUUUCUCAAGGGAGCCACCUGUCGAGCAUUUGUCAUCGCUCCACUUUUCGGCAUCGCCCAGGGCGUGUACUUCCUGGGAGUUGGAGAGUAUGUGCUGGGGCUGCUGGGAUAGCGGCAGGUGAUGUCAACUCAAUCAUCAAACACAGUACUGUUUCUACACAGGGCAUGGUAUAGUGACGGAAAGAUAAGUGAUGAAUAAAGACAUGGAGAGGGGAAGUGGAUAAGUGGUAACAAUUUUUACAUUCCGAACAAUGAGGUUCAGACACUUCGGGAGAAGAUAGGAGGAUGGGUAAUGCUAAUAUUAAUGCCACCUUUGCACGUUAACCAAGUACUUAAACCUGAAAACAGGGUUCUUUGGCGAAACAAGAGUCUUGUUUUUACUAAUCUGGCAGGACUUUUUGUUUUUGUGUUAAAUUCUAUUAUUUUUAAUGUUUAUGGGUUUUCUAAAUACAUAUUUAAUUUUAAAGCCCCUACUUACAAUCAUUUUUAAAACUUUAUGAUCAAUGGUAAACAUGAUGAUAGUCGUGUGAUAAUAAACAAAGUUCUCAAAGAAAGGAGAUAUCAAUCAAUGUUCGGAUGGAUGAGAGAAGAUGAUUUGACAGAUAAAUUGAAGAAGCAGAAUCAGUGAUUGUACAGGGUCUGAUAUAUAAUCUGUGUAAUAUGGUUGCUUUAAUCCUUUACCGUUAGUAAAUCUGGCUCUUGAGGCCUUCUGUGCACGUUCCUCUGCGGGACAAAAUUGCAUUUUCGGUUGUCUUGUAGGCAAUAUCAUUGUGGGCUUAAUUGUUUAAUGCUUGUCUUAAUGAUCUUGUUGAUUGCACAAUAAAUUUAAUGCAAGCCUUAUUCAUGCCACUGUUUUUAAGGAAAAUAUGAAAAACUAACAAAACAUAACAAAAGGACCAGUGGCUUUUAAGUUUGAUACAAUUUCACACACACACGCGGGCACGCACACAUAUAUAUAUAUUAAUAUAUAAAUAUUAAUAUGGAUUGUAUACAAGUAUUAGUGCACUACAUACUGUCGGAAUAAAAGAUACAAAACUGUACCUUUUCUGUCACUGUGGUGGUACCCUAAAGCUAAAUUUUUACAGGUAUACUUAACAUCAUACAGUGUUGUACCUUUUUGUUUAUACUGUACCUUAAAGGAAUAGUCCAUUUUCUUAAAAGAAAAAUCCAGAUAAUU